AUGGGAGAAAUCUCGCCUGAGAAAAGAUCAGGCUGUGGCCUGUUGAAUGUAGUUUUUGGACGUCGAAGUAUAUGGCCUAGAAGAUCAACAUCCACAGGUUCUCUUCAUACUUAUACUCCAAAAAACAAUGUCACCUUAGUACAAAGCAUGCCAGCUUCAAGCAGACAAAGUGGGGGCUUUGAAGGAACUACCAUCCUGGAUUCAUCAGAUGCCCCUUUGCAUAAACAGGUUGAUAGAGUCAUUGCACGUCCGGGCCAAAACCACGCGAGAUCUCCUCCCGUGUAUCAGCAACACCACCCCCCUCCCGUGGUAGCUGCAAGAAACUCGCCUAGCCAACAAGGCCAUGGCCAAGUGUGUAAAGUGCCUCAUAAUGGACUUGUCAUAUCUGGAGAGCUGGAGAGCAUGAUCAUCGAUCAUCAGCAAUCAAAAGGUGCAGGUAAGUUAGUUCGUGCAUCGUCCAGUAAUGUGAUGUUGUUUGGCAAUUUGGGUAAUUUGAGGCAACACGGUAGCAAUGGGAAUUCUACUGCAAACAAUGUUCUUGAUUAUCUUCCAAAAACUGCUAAAGAAGAGCAAUCGCCCUCUAAUGGAAAAUACAGUACUAGUGUUAUAGGGAAUGUAGUAAAAAAAAGUGAAAAGCCUUCUCUUUGUCGUGCUAUUUCCACCAGGAUGGAUCCUGAGCAAUUGAAAAUUUUGGGUAAUGAAGAUUACAAGAAUGGCAGGUUUGCCGAAGCUUUGGCUUUGUAUGAUGCAGCGAUUUCUAUUGAUCCGAAUAAGGCUUCUUAUAGGAGCAACAAAAGCGCCGCACUAACUGCUUUAGGCAGACUUCUUGAAGCAGCCUUUGAAUGCAGGGAAGCAAUUAGAAUCGAUCCUUAUUAUCAACGAGCUCAUAAUAGAUUGGCAACUCUAUACGUCCGAUUAGGUGAAGCAGAGAAGGCUGCAUAUCAUUUCAAACAAGCUGGAGCAGAAGCUGAUCCUGAUUCAAUGAUAAAGGCUAAAAAAGUUCAAGUUCAUCUGCACAAGUGCACCGAGUUAAAGAGGCAGCGCGAUUGGAAUACCCUCCUAAAAGAAGCCACCCUUGCUAUAGCAGCCGGUGCGGAUUCUGCACCACUGAUAUUUUCCUUAAAAGCCGAGGCCUUAAUAAAACUCCACAAGCACCAAGAAGCUGAUGAAACUAUGGCAAAAGGUCCAAACUUUGACAUCGAUGAAUGUAUUAAAUUCUUCGGUCCAAUUGGUAGUACAAGCCUGUUACUUGUUCAUGCUCAAGUUAACAUGAUUGCUGGCAGGUUUGAUGAUGCUGUGGCCGCUGCUGAACGAGCAUCUAGGUUGGACGCGAACAACAAGGAAGUAAACAAGAUAUUGAGGAGGACAAAGGCUGUUGCAUUAGCUAGAUCAAAAGGCAAUGAUUUGUUCAAGGCAGCAAGAUAUUCCGAGGCAUUUGCUGCAUAUGGUGAAGGGCUCAAUCAUGAUCCGUACAAUGCAGUCUUGUUAUGUAACCGAGCAGCCUGCAGGUCCAAACUCGGCCAAUUUGAAAAAGCAAUAGAGGAUUGCAGCGCUGCACUAGGCGUGCGCCCUUUUUAUAGCAAGGCUAGAUUAAGAAGAGGCCAUUGUUACGCUAAGCUGGGAAAAUGGGAAGCUUGCAUACAAGACUGUGAGAUGCUGUUAACAGAAAAUCCAAACGAUGAGGAGGUAGGGAAACUCUUGAAGGAGGCUCGAGCAUGGAGACAGCAAGGAAGCCAAAACAUGAAGAAUGGUGGUGUUCAUUCUAAUGAAGUCGUGCUGGUAUCGAGCAACGAAUGUUUCCGAGACUAUGUUACAUCUCCUGGUUUAUCCGUGGUUUUGUUCUUUCGCAAGCUUGGUGACAGCAUAAUUAUGCAGUUCAUUGAACACCUCCACAAGAGAUAUCCAUCAGUCAACUUCCUUAAGGUGGAGGUUGAAGACAAUCCUUCCAUAGCCAAAUCUGAAGGCAUAAACUCGUUGCCAGCUUUCAUUAUUUACAAGAAUGGUGCGAGGGCCAGAGAAGUCCCAGGGAACAGCCAUGAUUUGUUAGAGAGCUCGAUCAAAUUUUAUGUCAGUUCAUGA